AGAAUCGUUUGUUGGUAAACAAUCUCCAACCACAUUCCAAAGGAGCAAAACAAAGGAGAAGCAAAUUAGAUGAUUGUUGUUUUCCUUUUCCACUGAGGCUUCUUAGCUUCCCAGGAGAAAAAUCCCUGGGCAAAGGGAUUUUUCAGAACUAGGAAUGUGACACUGGAGAGGUACUGUGACACCACAACACUGGAGCAUCUCACCUGGGCUGUCCAGCUGCACUUAUCUUGGAACAAAGGCAAUCUGGGAAUGCCAGCUGUCCGCAUCCCCUCUGAUAGCUGAUACAUUUGGGUACACCCAGAUUGCACCAUGCCCUGGCCAGAGGUGCCACCCACAGCCCUGGCAGCAAUAAAAAGCAGAGGGAGCAGGAGCCUCAGCAGAGAGCUGCAAGGAGCACAUCCCAGGUACAUCAGCUGUCCUCCUGCUGCAGAGAUGGUGCAAGCAACUCCCUUGCUGCUGGUCCUCUUCCUGGCCCUGGGGGCUCACAGCCUCCAGGGCACACAGCAGUGUAAGCUGACUGGGAAAUGGAAGAAUGACCUGGGCUCCAACAUGACCAUCAGUGAAAUAAAUGGAGAUGGUGAUUUCAACGGCACCUACUUCACGGCUACGUCAGCAUCUCCAGGGCCGAUCAAGGAAUCACCACUGGUGGGGUCCCAGCAGCUCCCAUAUGCGAGCCAGCCCACCUUUGGUUUCACUGUUCAUUGGAGCUUUUCAAACACCAUCACUGUUUUCACGGGCCAGUGCUUCGUGGAUGAGCAAGGAAAGGAGGUUCUGAAGACCAUGUGGCUGCUGAGGUUACACUCGGAUAAACUCGCAAACAACUGGAAUGCCACCUUGGCUGGCUACGACACAUUCUGGCGCCUGUAAAAGCUCAAGGAUUGAGGGUUGGUAGCAUUGGAGCUCCCAGAAGAAGAGGCAGCGCCGGGCUGUAGCCCUUCCUCCUGCUUCAGCAGCUGCUUCUCCC